AUGCCAAUAGAAAGUGGAAGUUGUGCAUCUGCUCGCCAAGCAAAGCAGAAACGUAAAUCACACAGUCUUUCAAUCCGAAGAACCAACAGUUCUGAGCAAGAACGAGCAGGACUGCAGAGAGACAUGUUGGAAGGGCAGGAUUCUAAACUACCAUCUUCUGUCCGGAAUACACUCCUUGAGCUUUUUGGGCAAAUAGAGCGGGAGUUUGAAAACCUGUAUAUUGAAAAUUUAGAAUUACGUAGAGAGAUUGAUACACUGAAUGAGCGUUUAGCUGCCGAAGGACAGACAAUUGAUGGAGCUGAACUAAGCAAAGGACAGCUGAAAACAAAAGCCAGUCAUAGUACCAGUCAGCUUUCUCAGAAAUUAAAGACAACUUACAAGGCAUCUACUAGCAAGAUUGUAUCCAGUUUUAAAACUACAACAUCGAGGGCAAUCUGUCAACUGGUAAAGGAAUAUGUUGGCCACAGGGAUGGUAUUUGGGAUGUCAGUGUCGCGAAAACUCAACCAGUGGUGUUGGGAACUGCAUCUGCUGAUCACACUGCUUUGCUGUGGAGCAUAGAAACAGGGAAGUGCCUUGUCAAGUAUGUAGGGCAUGUUGGAUCAGUAAAUUCCAUAAAGUUUCAUCCAACUGAGCAAGUGGCUCUUACAGCAUCUGGAGACCAGACAGCUCACAUCUGGAGAUACAUAGUACAGUUGCCUGCACCUCAGCCAACUGCAGACUGCAAUCAACAAGUGUCUGGAGAAGAUGAAGUUGAAUUCUCAGAUAAAGAUGAACCUGAUGGAGAUGGAGAUGGUUCUAGUGAUUGUCCCACUGUCAGAGGCCCAUUAACUUCACUGAAAAGCCAUCAAGGAGUGGUCAUAGCAGCCGACUGGCUUGUUGGGGGGAAGCAGGCUGUGACAGCGUCAUGGGAUAGGACAGCAAAUCUGUAUGAUGUAGAGACUUCCGAACUUGUCCAUUCUCUCACAGGGCAUGACCAAGAGCUAACACAUUGUUGUACACAUCCCACCCAACGUCUUGUGGUGACAUCAUCACGCGAUACAACCUUCCGUCUGUGGGAUUUCAGAGAUCCUUCUAUCCAUUCUGUGAAUGUCUUUCAGGGCCACACAGAGUAAGUGACAGUUCCUUCGCAGGUUUUUACAAGUUCCAAAA